CGGGGGCGGGCUCGGUGCCCGGCGCCGGUGCCGCCCGGCCCCAUGGACCUGGACGUGGACUACGAGCGCCCCAACGUCGAGACGAUCAAGUGCGUGGUGGUGGGGGACAACGCGGUGGGCAAGACGCGGCUGAUCUGCGCCCGCGCCUGCAACGCCACGCUCUCGCAGUACCAGCUGCUGGCCACGCACGUGCCCACCGUCUGGGCCAUCGACCAGUACCGCGUCUGCCAGGAGGUGCUGGAGCGCUCGCGGGAUGUGGUGGACGAGGUCAGCGUCUCCCUGCGCCUCUGGGACACCUUUGGAGACCACCACAAGGACCGGCGCUUCGCCUACGGCCGGUCGGACGUGGUUGUGCUGUGCUUCUCGCUGGCCAACCCCAACUCCCUGCGGCACGUGAAGACCAUGUGGUACCCCGAGAUCAAGCACUUCUGCCCCCGGACCCCCAUCAUCCUGGUGGGCUGCCAGCUGGACCUGCGCUACGCCGACCUGGAGGCGGUGAACCGUGCCCGGCGCCCCUUGGCCAAGCCCAUCAAACCCACGGACAUCCUGCCCCCGGAGCGGGGCCACGAGGUGGCCAAGGAGCUGGGGGUGCCCUACUACGAGACCAGCGUGGUGGCACAGUUUGGCAUCAAGGACGUCUUCGAUAACGCCAUCCGGGCCGCGCUCAUCUCCCGCCGGCACCUCCAGUUCUGGAAGUCCCACCUGAAGAAGAUGCAGCGGCCGCUGCUGCAGGCACCCUUCCUGCCCCCGAAGCCACCACCACCUGUCAUCCAGGUGCCCGACCCGCCGGCCAGCCGCGGCUGGGGCCCCGCCGCCCUCUUCUGCACCCCGCUCUGUGCAGACGUCGUCUUCCAGCUGCAGGGCGGCCACCGAGUCUUCGCCCACCGCGUCUACCUGGCCACAUCCUGCUCCAAGUUCUACGACCUCUUCAUGCUGGAGGGGCCCCGCGGGGCGGCCAAGGAGCCGGCCACCCGCGCCAAGAGCCUGGACGGCGAGCGGGGCGCCCUGGGCGAGGGGGCGCGUGCCCCGCUGCGGACUUCGCAGAGCGACGAUGCCCUGCGCCCGGCGGACGGCCCGGCGCCCGGUGCCCGCGACCUCUCCACCUGGGGCCGCGGCUUCGUCAGCAUGCGCUGGGAGCUGGUGCCAGACCCGGUGGCGGGGCGGGAGAAGCGGAUGAUGGUGGUGUGCAUGGACUGCCUGGUGCCGGCCGAGCCCUUCCGGGCCGUCCUGGAGUACCUGUACACGGGGCAGCUGGACCAGGCCCGCGGGGACCUCAUGCAGGUGGCCACCAUCGCCGAGCUGCUGGAGGUCUUCGACCUGCGCAUGAUGGUGGCCAACGUGCUGAACAAGGAGAGCUUCAUGAACCAGGAGAUCACCAAGGCCUUCCACGUCCGCCGUGCCAACCGCAUCAAGGAGUGUCUGGGCAAGGGCGUCUUCGCAGACGUGGUUUUCCGCGUGGACGAUGGGGCUGUGCCGGCGCACAAGCCGCUGCUCAUCGCUGGCUGCGACUGGAUGAUGGCCAUGUUCCGGGGCGCUUUCCGGGAGAGCUACGCUGCCGAGGUCUCCCUGCCCGGCACCAACUGCGCCUGCCUGCGGGCCGUGCUCGACUUCCUCUACACCGGGGUCUUCACCCCCACGCCCGACCUGGACGCCAUGGAGCUCCUCAUCCUCAGCAACCGCCUCUGCCUGCCCCGGCUGCAGGCGCUCACAGAGCAGUACGCCGUGGAUGAGCUGCUCCGUGCCUUCGUGCAGCAGGUGGAGAUUGACGAGCAGGUCAUCAUCUACCUGGAGAUGACGCAGUUCCACAACGCCCGGCAGCUGGCCGCCUGGUGCCUGCAUUACAUCUGCACCAACUACAACCGCGUCUGCCGCCGCUUCCCCCGCGAGAUGAAGUUCAUGUCGGCAGAGAACCGGGCACACUUCGAGCGGCACCGCUGGCCGCCGGUGUGGUACCUCAAGGAGGAGGACCUGUACCUGCGCUCCAAGAAGGAGCGGGAGCGCGAGGAGCAGCUGCAGCGCAAGCAGCACACCCGCAGCAAGUGGUGCUUCUGGCGCCCCUCGCCCCACGUGUCCUGAGCCCCACGGCACGGCCGCGCCGGGCUCCGGCUGAGCCCCGGGGCCCGGCCGCACCGUGCCUGCACUGCGCCGUGGGGCACGGCUGUGCUGCAUGUGCGCUGUGCCGUGGGGCCCAGCUGUGCUGCAUGUGUGCUGUGCUGUGGGGCCCAGCUGUGCUGCACCAUGGGGCCCAGCUGUGCUGCAUGUGCACUGCACCAUGGGGCCCAGCUGUGCUGCAUGUGCGCUGUGCCGUGGGGCCCAGGUGUGCCGCAUGUGCACUGCACCAUGGGGCCCAGCUGUGCUGCAUGUGCGCUGUGCUGUGGGGCCCAGCUGUGCUGUGCGUGCACUGUGCCAUGGGGCCCGGCUGUGCUGAGCCGUGGGGCCUGGCCGUGCCGCAUGUGCGCUGUGCCACGGGGCCCGGCCGUGCCACCGCUACGCUGUGGGGCAUGGCCGUGCCGUAUGCGCACUGUGCUGCGCAGCAUGGCGGUGCCACGCUCCAGCUGUGCCCCAGGACAUGGCCAUGCUGCAUGUAUGCUGCACUGUGGGGCACAGCUGCACCGAGCCACGGGGUAGGGACGUGUGGUGCGUGUGCCCUGCUGUGGGGCACGACUGUGCCAAGGUCUGGCUGAGCCCCACAGCACAGCCGUGCCCCCUGGGCACUGCUCGGUGGGGCAGGGCAGCGCUGAGCCCCACGGCACAGCUGUACCGCAUGGACUCUGCUCGGUGGGGCAGGGCAGCGCUGAGCCAUGGGGCGCAGCCGAGCCCCACGUGCCGGGCUGCUGCCCGCCGGCGCCUCGCCCCCCUCCCAGGGCUGCAGCCGCGCUGCUCGCGGCCGGGCCCCUCGGGGGGCCGCUGCCUGUUUACACCCCCUUGGCCCUCGGCUCGUUUACAGGCGCUUCCCGCCGCCGCGCGGUGCCUUCUGGCCGGCGCCCGGCCCACGCUGGUGCUACCUCUGACCGCGCAGUAUUGCGGGGGCCGGCCGGGGCCCCCGCGGCGGCGGCGCUGGCUCCCCGGCCCCCACGCCCGGGCGCUGCCCCGCGGCCGCGCCGGGCUCUCUGGUGCUGUCCUUGCCCCCCCGCGCCUGCCGCAGCGGGAGGGCCGGGCGGGGGGCCGGCGUGCCCCCGCGUGUGCGUGCUGCGGGCGCCGCUCGUCUCUGUGCCUUGCGGGGCUGCGGGGGCCCGGCGGCCCUGCCGCGGGCGAGGCGCUCGGCACUGCCGCCCCGCUGCCCUGCAAGCACCUCAACUGCACAAACGUUUUUACACUUUUCUAGUCCCCUUCUGCCCCGACCGAGCACAACGUUCCCGGGCCGAGCGCCGCUCGCCCGCCUCAAGGGCUCUUUGGAUCGCCUUCCUAACCACUGUGAGCGGGGCCGCCCCACACCUCUCAGUAUUGACUGUUUUAACCUUUAAUAAAGCUUUUUGUAACGUG